UUUAACAAGAAGAUGUCAGCAUUUUCAUAUAUUAAAAAAAAGAUACUUUUUCACUGCAGUCUUCGAUUAUUUUUGACUGUUUUUCUUUAUAUUCAAACCAAAAUUGCAUUGCGCAUGUGUUUGCUGACCCAAACGUUUUUUUUAAGUAUGCUGUUAUUACUUAAUACUUAUCCAGCGGUGUCUUCUUUGGAACAGGUAAGCAUGGCGCUCUCGUUGUCCCCCUCCGGAUGCCCCUUUGAUGAAGAGGAGGAAGUGGGUGUGUUUGAGUCCACAGCAGCAGAGUACGGACUCCUGACCAGACCACGUCUGCCCGAGAUCUCUGUUAUUUCCCCCGGCCUCAACGUGCAACCCUCCUCUGAACCGAAACGUGAUGUUAAAUCUGGAAGCGGUGACGAAAGGGCGAUGGAGAAGGUGAAGGUCUUUCUGCGGAUCCGUCCACUUACUGACAGAGAGAAAGAAGAGGGAGAAGAGCAGGGAUGUGUGGCUGUUCAAGAUGAAGAGACUUUGAUGCUCAAAGCACCAAAAGAGUCUCAGAACAUGAGGACAGCAGAGAGAGGCAUCACCCAAAGCAUUCACAAGUUCAGCUUUUCAAAGAUUUUUAGCCCUGAGACCACACAGCAGCAGUUUUAUGAGAGCACAAUGAAGAAGAUGGUGAAUGACGUGCUUCAAGGAGAAAACAGACUCCUCUACACUUACGGUGUCACCAAUUCUGGAAAGACUUAUACCAUUCAGGGCUGCGGUCGAGAGGCGGGGCUCCUUCCUCGGGCUUUGUCAUCGAUGUUUAGGAAACUGCAGGGUCGUCUGUACGACUCUUUGGACCUGAAGCCUGUCAUGUAUCAGGAUGUGAGACAUCUGCAGCCCAGUGAGAUCAGAGCAGAGGAAAUCCGAAGAAACUCUCUGCUCAAAGAGGACGAAAGCAUGACUUCUCGACGUGUAGGAACCACAACGAUCUGGGACAGCGGCAUCGGUGGCCUCUCGGCGACGAGUAACGCCGCCACGCAUCUCGAAGACGCCGACAGUGUUUGUUUGGAGCCGGACAGCCUGUCGCACAGCCGAGGAGACGAGCUGGAGGAAGGCGUGCAGUUUUCCAUCUGGGUGUCGUUUUACGAGAUCUACAACGAGUUCCUGUAUGACCUCCUGGACGCUUCGCCCUCGCUGCAGCCGCGAAAAAGAGUCACGCUGCGGCUCAGUGACGACAAGCACGGCAAUCCAUACGUCAAAGACUUAUGCUGGAUCCAGGUCCGCAGUGCUGAGGAAGCGUGGCGGAUUCUGAGGGCGGGACAUCGAAACCAAAGCUUCGCCAGCACCCACCUCAACCAAAACUCCAGCCGCAGCCACAGCAUAUUCUCCAUCCGUGUCCUUCACAUUCGCCCCGAGGCAAAUUCAGGAAAAGCCCAAGGCAUCAGCGAACUGACAGUUUGCGAUCUGGCCGGAUCUGAACGCUGCAAGGAGCAGCGCAGCGGUGAGAGGAUGAAGGAGGCCACCAACAUCAACACCUCCCUCCUGACUCUGGGACGCUGCAUUGCUGCUCUGAGGCACAACCAGAACAAGUCGCGCCCCGCUCAGGUGGUGCCCUUCAGGGACAGCAAACUGACGCGCGUGCUGCAGGGUUUCUUCUGUGGACGAGGAAUCUCUUGCAUGGUGGUCAACAUCAACCCGUGUGCCUCCAUCUACGACGAGACCCUGCAGGCCCUCAAGUUCUCUGCUAUCGCUACACAACUUGUUCACGGCCCGUCCACAAAGACCAGAGUGGCGUACAUCCUGUCUCUCCUCCGGGAGCCCGCCGCUCGCAGUAAUGACAGUACGCUGAUGGAGGACGACGAGGAUGAGAGUGACAUUGAAGAUGGAGACACUACCAUGCUGAACACUGAGGCUUUGCUCCAGGCUAUCGACGUGCUGAAGAGAGAGGUGCGCCGCCAGAGGGAAGAGAAAGAGGUCCUCGAGGCGAACAUGAGAGAGCAGGUGGUCUCUGAGAUGAUGGAGGUCAUCAAUGGAAUGCAAGAUGGCUUCAGUGAGACCUUGGAGACCCAGCAGGCUCUAAUCGAAGAACGCUACGAGGACAAGAUAACUAAUCUGCAAAAGCAUCUGAAGAAAUUCUACAGCCAGGAGCUGAAGGAGCGAGAUCAGCAGAUUGAGGCUUUGUCUGCCGAUCUUGAAAAAAUGAAGAAAGGUGACACUGUCGCGGCAGCGGUGCCGCCGCCGCCGGGAGACCCAGAGGCCCCCCGCCGCUCGCAGCGUCUCACGUCUCAAAGCGAGCUGGGCAGACUGCGUGCCGAACUGGAGCAGUGCCGCGCCGAGCUGCUCGCCAAGACGCAGGAGCUGACGAAGCUGAAGGAGCAGCUGGUGGUCCCCGGCUCCACCGGCACGAUGACCGCCGCUGCCGACCGCAAGCUGGAGGAGGGUCAGCGGAACCUGCGUCAGCUGCGCGCCGACCUGCAGAGGCUCGGCCUCGACCUGCAGUCCGGGGAGCGAGCCUGCUGUCGCAACACCGGAGCCGAGAAGCUGCGUCAAGCUUUAAUGGCUGCAGAUGAAACACUGGCAAAACAGGACCAGAUCCUGCUGGAGCUCCAGAACGGCCUCACGCUGGUCAAAGCCGACCUGCGGAGAAAGGCCGAGACCCUGGCCCAGGCGCAGGCCGUCCGCCUUCAGCUGCCCCCGUGUGGCCUCGCCACCACCGCCACGCCGGGCUCCUGCAAGAAGAGGGGCUGCGGGGCGGCGACGCCGUCCGACGCUGAAAACCGGCCCCCCAACAAGCGGCCCUUCUUCCAGUCCCUGUUCCCGGCUCGCACUCCGACACAGAAGUACAGCACACGCGCCGCCGAGGAGGCGAACCUCACUCCGUACUCACAGAUCCUACGGUCCCGGCAGCACUCGCCGCCUCCUCGCAGCCCAGUGAUCACUCGUGGUCUCCGGGGGAAACGCUGAGCUGCGCGGAUCCAGACCAGAGUAUGCAAAACAAAGAUCAAACUGCUGAGCUUUAUAUUUGUCUUUUAUACAUGGUGUUUGUCUUUUUUUUCCAGUAACCUUACGCUUCACCAGUUUUUACGUGCUUUUAAGAGUUAUUGCAAGUGUGUGAAUAGCUAUAUUGGGAAAAACUGCAUGUUUGGAAUCAGCCCUCUGCAACUUCCUCACAAGUCUUUACUGUAAAUGUUUUUUUCACACAAAUCUGAUCCGACAAUUUUCUUUUCUUUUUUUACUUUAUUAAACUUCAAAAA